UGAGAAAAGGAAGCGAGGAGAUUGGAUAACACAGAGACACAUCCACUCCCUCCCGUCGUCAAUGACCAAACCCUAAAUUCUAUUUCCUCUGCCCGCUUCUUCUUCUUCUUGUGAAAGCCAUUUGCUUUCGAGCCUCUCGAUGCCCGAAUCUGGGACCUCGGUACUGCUCCCGAGCUCCACCCUCUCUCUCUCUUGCUUCUCAAUCUGCCGUGCACUAUCCGUAUUUUCGUUGCGGGAGAAGCCAUUGAUGUGAAGCUUAGAUAACUUGUUAAUCCUUUUGUGUUUCUCUCCCUUCCAUAGCCGCUGGGGGUAAUUUAGGUAUUUAUUUUUAUUCUCCGGAUCGGAUCUUGACAUCUUGUCCAAGCUUGUGCCCUCCCCACUCUGGGUUGGUUGGUCUCUACUCUUGAUUUGAAUGUUGUUAGAAGAGUUUUUCUUUUUGUUUUUCUCGUUGACAUUAGGUGUGGAAAAAACAGAUCUUUCGAGACGUUCUGGCCUUGAGAUGAGAUCUCCUAAUGUGGGUUUAUUAGGGUUCUUGAAAAGUCAGCAACUUUGAAUAUUAAAUCCGUUAACAGAGACUGCGUUAAUAAUAGCUAGAAAUCCAGAGCCAUGUCGUUCAAGAGUCUAAUUCAGGACAUGAGAGGAGAGCUGGGGAGUAUUUCUAGAAAGGGAUUCGAUGUCAGAUUCGGCUAUGGGAGAUCCAGGUCUCAACGUGUUGUUCAGGAUACUUCUGUUCCUAUUGAUGCUUUCAAGCAGAGCUGCUGGGCUAGUAUGCCUCCGGAGCUUCUCAGGGAUGUCCUCAUGAGGAUUGAGCUUUCCGAAGAUACUUGGCCCUCUCGGAAGAAUGUUGUUUCUUGCGCAGGUGUCUGCAGGAACUGGCGAGAGAUCGUCAAGGAGAUCGUCAAGGUUCCUGAGGUUUCUUCCAAAUUGACUUUUCCCAUCUCCCUGAAACAGCCUGGUCCAAGAGGAUCACUUGUUCAAUGCUAUAUUAUGAGAAACCGCAGCAAUCAAACUUACUAUCUAUACCUCGGGUUAAACCAAGCAGCUUCAAAUGAUGAUGGAAAGUUCCUUCUUGCUGCCAAGAGGUUUCGGAGGCCUACUUGCACUGACUACAUCAUCUCCUUAAACUCCGAUGAUGUCUCGAGAGGAAGCAAUACCUAUAUCGGAAAGCUAAGAUCUAACUUUCUGGGAACCAAGUUCACUGUCUAUGAUGCUCAGCCGACGAAUCCUGGAGCUCAAGUUACCAGAACCCGUUCAAGCAGACUUCUCAGUUUGAAACAAGUGAGCCCAAGAAUUCCAUCUGGCAACUUCCCUGUAGCACAUAUCUCAUAUGAGCUUAACGUCUUGGGUUCCAGAGGACCGAGGAGGAUGCAGUGUGUCAUGGAUGCCAUCCCUGCGUCUGCAGUAGAACCUGGAGGAACAGCUCCAACUCAGACGGAACUUGUCCAUAGCAAUCUUGAUAGUUUCCCCUCUUUCUCCUUCUUCAGGUCGAAAUCAAUUCGUGCAGAGAGUCUCUCUUCUGGUCCAUCGUCUGCUGCUCAGAAGGAAGGACUGCUUGUCCUGAAGAACAAAGCGCCUAGAUGGCACGAACAGCUCCAGUGCUGGUGCCUCAACUUCAAUGGGAGAGUCACUGUUGCGUCCGUAAAAAACUUUCAGCUUGUAGCUGCUCCUUUGAAUGGACCUGCAGGACCUGAGCAUGAAAACGUGAUUCUCCAGUUCGGGAAAGUCGGUAAAGAUGUGUUCACAAUGGACUAUCAGUACCCUAUCUCUGCCUUCCAGGCCUUCACCAUUUGCCUUAGCAGUUUCGACACCAAGAUAGCAUGUGAAUGAUUUCAACAACCCGGGUUAACUCUGUGUUUAUUUAGUUGUAUCAUGUUGAAAGAGAAGACUGGUGUGGCCUCGUCUUAGAAGUGUGUGUACAUAGUUUCAAAAGUCUUGGCAAGUCCAUACAAAGAGAGAGUCAAAAAUCGAAGACAGUAGAUUGUGUUUGUUGUUGUUGCGUUGUGUUGUUUGUUAGCGAUUGUAGUUCCAGACUAUGAUAUAAUUUCUCUGAUAAUUAAAUUGAUCAUUUCUUUUUGA